AUGCAGGUGUCAGAACUCGUCAGCUCUGCACCCACAUGCACCCCUCAUUCUUCCCCCUUUCACCCGUCUCCCCCUUCUCCGCCUUCUCCGCCUUCGAAUGAUCUUCAGCUGAGCAGCGCCAUGUGCUACCACAUGCGCCUGUUCGGCAUGGCGUUGGAUCGAUGGGACCUCAUGCACCAUGCUCCCACCCUCGCCCAAGCUGCUGCUGCAGCUGAAUCUGCUGCGGCAGCACCAGCUGUUGACACAAUUGCGGCCGAUACUGCUGCGGGUGAGGCACUCAUACACAUCAGCACCGCUGUGCGCCCCUUUGGAGCCUUCUGGACCGCAUCCCACUACUGCCUCGUGCUGCCCUGCUUGGUGGGGGUAGGAGGAGGGGAAGAAAGAGGCAGAGGGACCGCUGCAGACUUGCGAGAGGCUGAGGGGAGAGGGAAGGAAGCGAGAGGGACGAAUCCCUGCUUGGUGGGGGGAGGAGGAGGGAACGAAAGAGGCAGAGGGACCGCUGCAGACUUGCGAGAGGCUGAGGGGAGAGGGAAGGAAGCGAGAGGGACGAAUCCCUGCUUGGUGGGGGGAGGAGGAGGGAACGAAAGAGGCAGAGGGACCGCUGCAGACUUGCGAGAGGCUGAGGGGAGAGGGAAGGAAGCGAGAGGGACGAAUCCCUGCUUGGUGGGGGUAGGAGGAGGGAACGAAAGAGGCAGAGGGACCGCUGCUGCAGACUGGCAUGAGGCUGAUGGGAAAGGGCAGGAAGGGAGAGGGACGAAUCGCUGCUUGGUGGGGGGAGGAGGAGGGAACGAAAGAGGCAGAGGGACCGCUGCAGACUUGCAUGCGGCUGUUGGGAGAGGGCAGGAAGGGGAAGGGGUGGAUACAGGGAAGCAUGGGGGAGGGGAGGAAGGUAUAGAGGCGAAUGCAGGCAGGGAAGGCGAAGGGGUGGACGCAGGGGAGCAUGGGGGAGGGGAUGAUGGCAUGAUGCGCAUGUUAAUGGGGAGGAUUGACUGGGAGAUUGUGAAGAGGGUGGUGUCUCUGGGUCCGGGAGGCAGUAGUGCGCACGAGCUGCACGGCAUGGUGGCAUGUGCGGAUGCUGCUGUUCCAACCAACGCCCCUGUUACUGCUGCUACCACACCUCUGCUCGUGCCUCCUCAUGCCCCUGCCAGCACGCCUCUGCUCAUAACUGCGCGUGGGCCAGUGAAAGAGCAUGAGCUGCAUGGCAUGGUGGCAUGUGCGAUGCAUUCGCGUCUGGUGUUCCAGCUAAUGGGGAGGGACCCCCAGGGGCGGACAGCACGCAGUGAGUUUGUGGGGCCGCAAGGAGGCACGGAGGGACUGGGGGGUGCAUUCGCGUCUGGUGUACCAGCUAAAGGGGAGGGACCCCCAGGGGCGAACAGCACGCAGUGCGGCACUCGUGGGCCUGUGAAAGAGCACGGGCUGCAUGGCAUGGUGGCAUGUGCGGUGCAUUCCCGUCUGCUGUACCAGUUGUUGGGGAGGGACGCUGAGGGGAGAACAGCACGGCGCGAGUUCGUGUGGCUGGAUGGAGUCACUUUCCAACAGUACUUCCAGAGCCAGUACGGCAUAUCGCUGAGGUACGGCAUAUCGCUGCGCCAUCCCGACCAGCCUCUGUUCGCUGCGUGCCAGCUGAAACCAGAGCUGUGCAAUGCGCUGCUGCUGCUGCAGCAGGCACCUCCAGAAUACGAGCAGGGGUACCUAGAUCUCGUCAACAGAGCUGUCCAAUUAGGGCGAGAGGAGCAGAUGCCUGUACCUGCUGGCGCUACAGUGGGGACGGCUGCAGCAGACACGGCUGGAGCUGAGAAGGCUGGAUCAGUGAAGGCUGUAGCAGACACAGCUAUAGUAGACAAGGUUUUGACAGAUGAGGCUGUAGCAGACACAGCUGUAGCAGAAACAGCAGCUUUAGCAGACCAGGCUGCAGCGAAACGGGAGCAGCGCAAGCAGCAGGAGCAAGGCACGAAGCAGCAGGGCAAGGAGAAGGGCAGUUGGAGACAGACGUCAUACCUCCCUUUGGAGCUACUAGUGCCGGUGCUGCCCGUGCAGCAUGUCCUCUUUGCGUCGCUGCUCCCCUCGCUGCUCUCCCGCCUUGAUUGCCUGCUCACUGCCCGGGAUAUCCGGCGGUUCAUUGUGAGGCAGUAUGGGUGUGAGCGGCAGGGGCAGCAGGCACCGCGUUUUCCUGCUAUUGAUCACGUGCUCUUUGCCUCGCUGCUCCCCUCGCUGCUCUCCCGCCUUGACUGCCUGCUCACUGCCCGGGAUAUCCGGCGGUUCAUUGUGAGGCAGUAUGGGUGUGAGCGGCAGGGGCAGCAGGCACCGCGUUUUCCUGCUAUUGAUCUCCUGCGCCCCCUGACAUGCCCCGGCGCAACAAAGAGUAGCAUUGGCACUCUCCAUUGGUCGUGUUUUGAGUCGACUCAAAACACGACAAAGAGCACAAACGAGAGCGGCGUGCGUGGGGAGGGGACAUACGAGUCGGACGAGGUGCCUGGUGGCAGCUGCGUGCUGCUCAUGCUCACACCCUCUCGACUCUCCCCCUCCCCUCCCUGCCUUCUGCUCUUGCGGGCCUCGACAUGCCCCGACACAACAGCGAGCGGCGUGGGGACAUACGAGUCGGACGAGGUGCUGGCUACUGCGUCCCUCAUUUUGAGGCGCCUCGAAAAUCUUUCCUGCCUGGAGCUCCUGCGUGCCCUCACCUCCCCGGGAACCACGGAGAGCGGUGUUGUUGGCACGUACGACGAGAGCGACGAACUCCUGCGUGGCCUCACCGGCCCCGGCAACACGGAGAGCGACGAGCUCCUGCGCGCCCUCUUCGGCCCCGGCACAAACGAGAGCAGCGUGGGCACAUACGAGAGCGACGAGGUGCUUGAUACUGCGACUUCCCAGAACCUUCCUCCUAGUGCCAAAGCCCUGUUGGGCUCUGCGUUCGCCUCGCUCGCAGCCUCGCAGGCAGCAGCCGCCGCCAAGUCAGCGCGCCAGCUGCCCAAGAAGACGCUCGCUGACGUGGCAGAGGCGCUGGUGGGCGCCAGCUGGCGCUGCGGUGGCGCUGACAUGGCGCUGCCGGUGCUGAGGGUGGAGGAGGGAGGCUUAGAUGGGGUGCAGAAACGAGGAGGGGUGCCGAGAGCUGCUGCUGAUUCAGAUGUGGCACUAGGAGCGAAAGCAGCAGCAGCAGCAGCAGCAGCAGUGGCAGCAAUAGGGGCAGCACCAGGGAAACCUGGGCGAAGGGUGAGUGGCAAGAAGCACGCAUUGGAGCCAGCUAGAGGGCCGUCCCUGCUGCCGCUUCAGCCGCCGCCAGAGAAGCGACUGAAGCUGCUAGAAAAGGAAUGCGUACACCUGCAGCAGCAGCAGCAGCAGCCGUCUCAAAAAGCUGGUUGGCUGUGGGAGCUUCAGAAUGCGAUGGGGUAUCAGUUCCAACAUGAGGGGAUUCUGAGGGAGGCGAUACGGGAGGAGGAGUUGACGUGGGAGAGGCGGUUUGUGUUCCUGGGGGAAGCUGUGUUGGACUUUCUAGUCAUGCACCACAUGGUGCGAGCAACAUCUGGAGCACCACAUGGUUCUCCUGCCACGUCAUCGCAUGCCACGUCAUCGCAUACCACGUCAGCGCAUGCCACGUCAUCGCAUGCCGCCACGUCAUCGCUCGCCGCCCGGCCGUCCCCGCACCAGCUGACUUACCUGCGCAAGGCGGUGAUUUUCUCGGAGCGGUUCUGCCAGCUGGCGGCGCCCCGUGGGCUGCUGCGAUUGGUGCACCAGAUACAGCGCCACGUGGCAAAGGCUGCUGCUGAUGCAGCUGACUCGGUGCAUGUGGCUGCGGGGGAUAUGGGCAAUGAGCAAGACGAUGAUGAUGGACAGACGCCAUUCCCCAAGGUAAUGCUGUUACAGCCGGCGAAAUGCGAGAGAGGUGAGGACGUGGGGAGAAAGGUGAGGACGUGGGGAGAAAGGCGUACCCCAGAACCCACAAUGUGGGUCCCACAUACAUUUCUCUCCUCGACAUUACUUCGACAUUCCACAAACAACACUGCUGACAAUCCCCCUCCUCUCUCCCCUCCUCUCUCCCCUCCUCUUUCCCCUCCUCUCUCCGCUCCUCUUUCCCCUCCUCUCUCCCCUCCUCUUUCCCCUCCUCUCUCCCCUCCUCUUUCCCCUCCUCUCUCCCCUCCUCUUUCCCCUCCUCUCUCCGUUCCCCUCUCUCCUCCUCCCUCCCCUCCUCUCUCCCCUCCUCUCUCCCUUCCUCUCUCCCCUCCUCUCCCCCCUCCUCUCCCCCCUCCUCUCCCCCCUCCUCUCCCCCCUCCUCUCCGCCCCCCUAUCCCCCCUCCUCUCCCCCCCCCCCUCUCCCCCCUCCUCUCCCCCCUCCUCUCCCCCCUCCUUCCUUCCCUCCGUUCCCCAUCACCACGACGUCUCUACUCUCAUCAAGGCUCUCACAGCAACACUCCUCACUCCCUCCCUCUUUCCGUAUAUCUGCCUUCAUCCAUACUUCUUGCUCCCUCUCCCCUCCUCGACCCUCCCCAUCAGGACGCCUCUGAUCUAAUAAAGGCCCUCACAGCAGCAGUCCUCACCUCACUCCCUCGUUCCGACGUCUCUGAUCUAAUCAAGGCCCUCACAGCAGCAGUUUUCCUCGAUUCCAAUCCUCCAAACACCGCUCCCACCGCACUCAACCCCCACGCACCUAGCCAUCCCCCAUGCCCUCUCACCCGCACGUGGCAAGUGGUAUCGUCUUGGCUCUGCCCCAUUCCCCUGCUGCAUCCUCUCUCCCUCCACCCCCCCUCCGCCCUACUCCUCUUCUGCUGCGCUCUCUCCCUCUCCGCCCCCAUUUACCUGCCCAAGGCGCAGGGGAGUGGGGUGCCGGGGGAGCAUUGGGGGGGCCAGCAGGGGGAGGAGUGUGGGGGAGAGUGGGGGAAAGGGGUGGAAACGGAAGGAGAAGGGUAUGGGGCGUGGAAGACCGAGGAGGGAGGGGAAAGGAACAGGGGUAUGGUGUGUGGAAGGGACGUGAAAGGUGGAGGAGGGGAGGAUGGGGAGGACGGAGCGGAAAAUGGGCUGUGUGAGAAGGGUUUGGGGGGAAGAGGAGGGGAAGGGGAGGAGGGGGUGGUGAUGGAAGUGGAGGUGAAAGGGUUGGUGGUGGGGGAGGGGUGGGGGAUGGAUGAUGUUGCGGCAACAAUUGAAGCAGCUGCUGGCGUGCUGAGAAGAGCCCAGGGGUGGGGGGUGGAUGAUGUUGCAGCAACAGUGGAGGCAGCUGCUGGCGUGCUGAGGAGAGCCAAGGGGGGGGGUGCUGGGAGAGGGUUGGGGGUGGAUGACGUGGCAGCAAAGGUGGAGGCAGCGUCUGGCAUGCUAAGGAGGGCCAAGACUGUGCAGGGCUUGUACCAGGAGGGGGAGGGAGUGUUGCCCUCAGCUUACCAUCUUCCCUCUCCCUCCUCCUCGCCUCCUCCUCAGACUGUGCAGGGCUUUCGGCAGCUGUACCAGGAGGGGGAGGGAAUGCUCGUGCUGGGGGGAAUGAGGGCCGCAUGGGAGACGCAGGAAGAGAAAGCCGGGGCGGGAGAGGAGGAGGGAGGAAAGGAGGGUGAAGUGGGGAAGGAGGCAGGAGGGGGAGAAGGUGUAGCAGGGAUGGAGGGCGUUCGGCCUGAGAGUAGCUUGAAAACAGGAGAGAAUAAUGACUGUAAUGGUGGGCAGAAGAAGGCAGGAGGAAAGAAGAGGAAGCGUGGAAAGUCUGGAAAGGGGGUGGCAGCAUCAGAGUCUGGAGCAGGAGCAGUGGAAGGGGACAAUGGUGGUGUAAUCAACGGUGGUGAUUCAAGCGUUGGCUCUACCGGUGCUGCUUGUGGUGGUGGUUGGGAGGCGGCUGGUGGUGGUUGGGGGGCGGCUAGUGGUGGUUGGGAGGCGGCUGGUGGUGGUUGGGAGGCGGCUGGUGGUGGUUGGGAGGCGGCUGGUGGUGCCAGCUGUGAACCUGCUGGUGGCAACACUGGUGCUCCCAGGCCAAACCCCAUGGGGAACAAAGGGGGGUUAGGCCAAGAGUGA